AUGGCUGCACCAUCUAGCCCCUCAAAGAUGGUUUCUUCCACCAAUCUUUCUCUGUCCAACUCCAGUCCCUGGAGACUUAAAGUGACAGUAGAAGCCCAACCAGAUAACGAUAUGUUUCUCGAUCUCGCUGCGGAAGAAUCUCUGACGAAACAGACCCGAAAGCCGAAAGCUUCAAGAUCGCGACUCGUCUCGAAACCUAUCCCAAAACCUGCGAUACCUCCCCGCAAGGCGAGAGAAGAUACCGCCAUGAGCGAGGACUCGCUAGGUCUCGACAAUAUCAGUGGGAUAUUCGCAGCUGAUUUAUCACCGAUUCGACCUCCAGUUACGCCGAAGAGGCCCCUGUCGGAAGUUUCGAAAACCCUGAAUACCGUCAUCGUACCCUUAAAAGGAUCCGAGCCGAAGCAGAAGCCGCCUAAGAGGAAAGCAACUCCGGCUCGUAAAAAACCGAAAGAGAUCGAUCUGUCGAUACUGGAACCAGAUACUACGCAACUAUCAAUCGGGGCGACACCCAAGAGAGGACGUGGUCGGCCCAGGAAAUCCAUAAACAAUAUGACCGAGGUGGCGGCGGGGGUGGUUAAUCGUGAGGAUAAAAGUGCCGUGGAUGUCCAAAAGGACAAUAUAAACCAGAACGGCACAGACAUCGAACCAUCUCACCCACAAAAGUCCAUCGAAGACACAUUCCAUAUGCCGUCACCACCAAGCUCACCAAUUCCACAGACACUAGACCGAGACGUAACGACUAUUGAGCACCCCUUAGAUGAUCAAAAUGAUCUUUCGAUCAUGGCGAGCGAAGGUUUCUCAAUGAUAGCACCCCGACACACAACAUCGAUGGAAGCCCCUGUGGGCUUAACUACUCCGCGGUCAACACCAGAGAUAGAAGAUAACCAUGACGAGGGGCCGAUUCCACUGUUAGAUCCCGCUUUAGAGUCGCGCGCUCGCCAAGAUGAAGGACUUUUUUCGAGGGGCUCCCAGAGAUCCUUGCACACCAUAGCCGUUGAAAACGAAGCUGUUCAAAGUGGUGUCGUGGAAGAACCCGAUUCUCUUUCUCUAAAGCCUGGGCCUCGAAGGCGAAGGAGUUUGCGACUCAUGCCGAAUCUAGCAGCCGACGAUCCAGCAGAAUCAUCUUCUAAGACCUCCAAAGUGAUUGAAAGAUUCCGCGAGCUUACGAACAAUGCCGCCAAAGCAAAUGAACUCCCACACCCCGAACCUAGAGACGAAGCAUCUAGUUUCAGAAGAUUUCUGCAAACUGGGCCCGAUAAAAUCGUGCCUGGGACCUAUGACGAGUCCACUGUAUAUUUUGCAAAUAAGAAACCUGUCCAAUCUAUAGACAGGAGAAGGCAAACCCCGGCGAAAAAGUCAAGGUCCGGUAUUAUCGAACCUGCAGAAGAAGGCUUUGGGAAUAUCCUUCCGGAACACCUUCUCCCGCCAACAAAAUCGGCAGGUAAACAGAAAGUGACUACUAAAAACUCCACCCCGAACACCCGGGCCGCAGCUGCUAGACCCCCUCCGAGAGAGACCCCAGUGGCGCAACAGAUGCCAUCGAAUGUAUUCGACGAAGAAGGGAGGUCUGUGCGGUGGCACGAUGAUGUUAUGGGCGGAAGUUUUUCCCUCAAUUCAGGCUCCAUAGACCAGCGGCCUGAACCGGAUGCUCCCCAACAAGAAUCUACUCACAGAUUGCUCGAGAAUGAGGUUAUCAUCGAGCCAUUCCGGCUUCAUGCUGGAAAACUAGACGACGGGACUCUUAUGCCCUUGGUUGUUCGCAAAGCAUGGGUUGAUCGUUAUUGGGCAGUUUUAACAAACCUGUCGUAUCCUAAUACCAAAUUAGUAAAAAGAAGCAAACGUUCGAUGGCUAAAUUGCACCCGGAGGAGUCAGCCGAGGAAUCUAUGGAAAGAAGGCGAAGGAUCCUGGAAACCUUCCCGAGGAAUAAUGAAGGACACUUGGUUUUAUCAGAGCAGGACUCAAAUAUCAUCGAUGCCUUUGAGGAGCAUAUGAGACGAGAGAUCUUAGGCGAAAGACGGGUCGCAGGUGAGACCCGACGCAUGUGGGGUUUCUCAAGACACCAGAUCAAAGAGGCGUUGAUUGUUCUAAAAGUAUCAAGACAAAGGCGGAUCCAAUGGGCGGUUUCUGCCGGCGAAAGGCUUGAAGACUGGGGUCUUGCAUGA